CUCGACAAUAACAAAGUUCGAGAAAAAUUAUUAAGCACUGAUUUUGACUGCCUUAUGGCAUUAGAAUGUCCUAUUGCAUUGUAUAAAGCAUUUAAACAAAUAUUUGUGGAUAUUUAUAAUGACUGCUAUGUAAACAAACGUGUUUCAAACAGUGACAGGAAUAACAAAAAAUGGAUUGAUAACAAAAUAAAGUGUAUGAUAAAAGAAAAAGAUAGGUUAUUUGAGUUAUGGAGCAAUGAACCAAAGAAUAUGUUAAAGAGACUUAAUUAUACUAAAUUUAGAAACAAAUGCCAAAAAGCUAUUGUAAAAAGUAAAAAUAUAUAUGAUAAAAAAAGUAUAUUAGAGUGUAAUAAAAACAUUAAAAAAAUAUGGGAAAGGAUAAAUACGAUGUUAGGAAACAACAAGCAAUCUGUUGAUGAUUUGAUUAUAUCAAACAUGAACGGACAAGACAGUGUUAUUGACAUAAGUAAUAAUUUUGCGUCUACCUUCGAUAGAGAAAUUGAGGAAAUAAAACAUAAGUGUCAAGACAUUUGGUUGGAUAGGAAGACUUAUGUAAAAACCUCGGACAUGUCCAUGAGAUGGCAACCAGUGAGCCCGAAAUAUGUCAAAAACAUAAUCAACAACAUGAAUGUAAAUAAAUCUCCGGGAAGCGACCUUGUGCGAAUGUCCGACCUUAAAAUAAUUAUUGAUAAAGUAAGCCCCGUUCUAGCUAAACUUAUAAACCUAACUGUAAAAAAAUACAAAUUUCCUAAUAAGCUUAAAGAGGCAAUAGUCCGCCCAAUCCAUAAAAAAGGUGAUCGCAAAAAUGUCUCAAACUAUAGACCUAUUUCCAUUUUAUCUAGCAUAGACAAAAUCAUUGAAAAGUGCAUAGUUAAUCAAUUAAGUAACUACCUACAAACAAAUAAUAUUAUUAACGAGUGUCAACACGGUUUUUUAAAAGGGAAAAGUACAAAUACAUUGCUUGCAAAAUUCACUGACGAAAUAAACAGUUACUUAGAAGACAAAAAAUUUGUUAUUACAAUAUUUUUUGAUUACAAAAAAGCAUUCGACACUUUGCAGUUUGAUACCAUCCUAAAUGCAAUGGAGGAGUGUGGGGUGAGAGAACCACUUAAUCCAUGGUUUCGUGAUUACCUCACCGCGCGCUCCUACUGUGUGAAGGUGGAGGAUACUCUUAGCGACAGAGUCGAGGUGCGGAGCGGGGUGGCGCAGGGCUCUGGAUGUGGCCCAAUUUGUUACCUUAUGCACGUGAACAGCCUGUGCCGAGUGCUGCAGCAUUGUUCUGCAUAUAUGUUCGCAGAUGACCUGUGCAUACUUCGCUCUGGAGCUAACAUAGACGAUAUCUGUCAGUUAGUUCAACAAGAUAUAGACGCUGUUGUUAAAUGGUCGCAUGACAAUGGCAUUAUAUUAAAUGCCAGUAAAACUAAACUAAUGUUAAUUCAUUCACCAUAUUUGCAAUCUAAUAGUGUGACUCCACCCUUAUUUACCCAUGAUUAUACAUGUCACCAUAAUAACUUACUGGACUGUAAAUGUAAACCUAUUGAAAGAGUUAAUUGUGUUACUUACCUGGGCGCGAGAAUAGAUGAUAAAUUUUCCUGGUCACAACAUGUAGACUACAUUUCUAAUAAACUAAGAAUAUUAUUGAGUAAAAUGUACCACCUAAGCUUUAAAGUUCCUAUUAAUAUUUUAAGAUGUAUUUAUAUGUCAUUAGUUGAUUCUAUUAUGAGCUAUGCUCUUGACAGCUAUGGGUUAACAUUCAAAACUAACUUAGAUAAAUUGGAAGCCCUUCAAAUCAGAUUUUUAAAACUACUUGUUACUAAAAAAACUAAAAGCAGCUGUAAAGGAGACUAUAGAAAAUUAUUUAAAAUAUGCAAAAUUUUACCGAUUACCCUGAAACAUAGAUAUCUUUUAUUAGUUAACCACCACUGUAUCCAAGAGCAUAACUUAACUUAUGUAAAGAACAACCAUAAUACACGAUCUAUGGCUGCUGGUAGAUUCAAUGUACCCAGAGUCACCAACUACUUUGGUGACAGAACAUUAAAAAAGAGAAUACCUUAUCUAUUGAAUAGUCUGCCGGCAGACAUAAGGAGUGAAACUAAUAUAAAAAAAUUCAAGCGUAAAUUAAAAUUAUAUUAUUUAGAUAUUAUUUAAGUUUUAUAUUUGUAAUUGCAAGUUCUUUGUCAUUAUCUGUAUAGUAUUUAGUUAUAAGUGAAUUUAAUUGUUCUUAAAGAUACUCACUGACCCCACAGUCAAACCAUUACAACGGUUUUGUGGGGCUUAGCAUAUAAGAUGGCUACCUUUGUAAUAUAAGAUAAAUAAAUAAUAAAUAA